UGGAGGAGUGUUGUACUGGCGGUAUAGGUGGCUGGCUGCUAGGCCAGUGGGCCAGGCAAAAGCUGCAACUUUCCCGCUAGUCGAGCCCGAGUCGACCGUGGCGGUGACGGUGGCCUCUAUUCUAUCGAGAGUCUAGUUGUUCCUCAGGCGUGAAAAAGAAGCUUAAAAUUAUGAGGCCUGCUCGAAAGGACUAAAAGUGAAAGCAAGCAGCAGGACACAGAAAGGACCCUCUGGAGGAGUGAGGAAAGAGAAAGAGAGAGAAAAAAAGAGCGCAGAUAACAGUGAAUUAGUUUUAAGCGACGGAGAUAAGGAAGUGUAGGAGAAUUAAUGUGUUUUAUAGAGCCAGUCAUCUGAAAACAGGCUCAGAGAGAGAAAAAGCGGAAAGAAGAAUAAGCGAAGAGGAACAUUAGGUGUCCAGCCAGCCACCGCUACUCGUCCUCCACCCCUUCCUCGCUCAAAGAGAGAGAGAGAGAGCGAGCUUGUUUAGGAGUAAGGAAAGAGAGAGAGAGAGAGACGGGUCACCCGCACACCGACGUCGCCUGUCGCUGAAGGAAGUGUGUCCUAGAAAGGCGUCCUCUCCAGGAGAGGAGGAGUCCUUCUUCGGGAACAGUGGGUCCCUUGUGGUCCGGUAUCGCUCAGUUCUUGCCCCCCUUGGCGAAAAGUGGCAGAAAUUUCUCUCAAGAUGGGCAACUCUGACAACGAGGAGGCUGUGCGGGAGUGUGAACGUCGCGUGGUGACACCAGAUGAUGCAGAUGACCUGAGUCCAAUGCCUACCCACAUAGCCACAAGCAAGACUAGGCGAGGUGCCAUAUCUGCUGAACCCCUCUCAGAGGAUGAUGCCACUUCAUAUGUCAAAAAGGUUGUUCCUAAGGAUUACAAAACCAUGGCUGCCCUUCAGAAAGCCAUUGGUAAAAAUGUGUUGUUCGCCCACUUGGAUGAGAAUGAACGGUCUGACAUCUUUGAUGCCAUGUUCCCCGUGAAUGCACUCCCAGGAGAAGUGAUCAUCCAACAGGGAGACGAAGGAGAUAAUUUCUACAUCAUAGAUCAAGGAGAAGUGGAGAUUUUUGUCAACGGUGAACAUGUGACAAGCAUUAGUGAUGGUGGAAGCUUUGGUGAGCUGGCACUCAUUUAUGGAACACCAAGGCAAGCUACAGUCAAGGCCAAGACAGACACCAAACUCUGGGGAAUAGACAGAGAUUCUUACAGACGUAUCCUUAUGGGUUCUACCAUAAGGAAGAGGAAAAUGUAUGAGGAAUUUUUGUCCAAGGUGUCUAUUUUGGAAUCCUUGGACAAGUGGGAGCGUUUGGUGGUUGCUGAUGCACUGGAGCCAGUGUCAAUUGAAUCAAGUGCAACAGUAGUACGACAGGGUGAACCAGGUGAUGACUUUUUCAUCAUUGUUGAAGGAACAGCUGUUGUUAUGCAAGCUCGCACCCCCUCAGAGGAACCUGUGGAAGUUGGCAGACUUGGGACCUCAGACUACUUUGGAGAAAUUGCCUUGUUGCUGGAUCGACCAAGAGCUGCAACUGUUAUUGCUGAUGGACCAUUGAAAUGUGUGAAAUUAGAUCGUGCCAGAUUUGAACGUGUUUUGGGUAGUUGUGCUGACAUUUUGAAACGGAACAUAGAACAGUACAAUUCCUUCAUUGCGUUGACUGUUUAAAAUCAUGGAUGCUCUAGAAUUGAAUGGUUUAAUACUAUGUACACAAGUUUAGUCUGGCCUGUAAGCAAAAUUUUAUGCUCCUCUUAGGUGCUUCAUUAUGCUAAUUUCAUAAGGCCUGAACAUCCCUACAGUCCAGGAAGCUCCUUGAUUCAUAAUGUGUACAGUUGCAUCAUAAGCUUUGUAAGUACUAGUAUAAUUUCUGCACAGGUUUUAUAAUCAACAGUUAUCUGUUUCAUGGGCCAACACACUGUGUGUGGAAAAGUGACACAUUUAGUCUAAAUAUAAUCUUGUAGUUUUCCAUGUGGUUCUAGGGGCCAUAUUUUGAUAUAUUGUAUAGGAAGCAUUGUUUCUGAUGCUAGCAAUUUAUGGAAAUAACAAGAUGUGCUCAUUAAAAGAAAAAAUUCUUAGCAAGUAUCAAGUCAAUAAGUAUAUUUAUUCACAUGGUUUAUUUUGUUUGUUUUGGAAUUAUUUACAUAAAUCAAGGAAAGUUUUUCAUGAACAGACAUGAGAGAAACACUUAAGGUCCUGGUGGUUUAUACAAAGAAUAUUUGGUCCAUACUGAUGGGAUUCUCUUUGCUGUUAGAGGUCAUCCAAUCAAGAAUCAAGUUUUCUUUGUUAUUGCUUUCAUGUUUUUGUAAGUCUUAAUUUUAUUGUUUUAGCUGGAAAUAAAGGUGAAAAAAAUCUUGGCAAAAUGAAUUGAAGUUUGUCAUCAAUUUAUUGGCAAAAUUAUUUGUAAAUACUGUAUUAAGAAUGAUGAAACUAGUAAGAUUGUGUUGUUGACCAUUGGACAGAAUAUAUGGGAAAGCGCCAUUAGCAUUUCUUUGUAUAAUUUUUACAGGGUGUUUCAGAGUUGUUUUGCUAUUUUCUUUUUAUAUAAUAUAUAUAAAUAUUUACAUUAUAUAUAUAUACAUAUAUAUAUAUGCAACUCAAGGAAACUGCUUACAUAGUAAUGUAGGAGCUGAUAGCUUUUUCCUUGGUAACAGUCCAGUGUUGUUGUAGGCUUGUAAAUGCAGUCUUAAUUAAUUAGCAUAUGUAAUUUACAGUUACAGAUCACACUUGCAGUCUGAUGAUUAGCCAAACAGGCACAGACUUUACUGCAUUGAUUUCAAAUGAUGUAAAGUCAGUAUUUUCAGUGCUUGAAAGUGAUGUUUUUGAUUGGAUUCCAAAUAUCAAUAGCUUUUAUCAUAAGUAAAAUAACGCUGUAUAAGGUACAGAUAUCUUGGAUAAAUUAUUAGUUUCUGUGUUAAUCCAGGUCCCUGUAGAGUGUUGUUUAUACUUGGCCAUGUAAUAUACAUGAAGUCAGGAAGCACUGUAAUUUUGAAAUGUAUCAACAAUACUACAUUGGAUGUGACUUUUUCACUUAGAGAAUGCAGUAAUUGAAAGUUUAUUGCUGGGAAAGCAUCACAUUUAUGUAGUCAGUUUUUUUUUUCUUCCUUCUUAAAUAUGCUUUCACAUGUCCAGUCUACCAGUGAAAAAGCAAUGAUAUACCCUACUUAAUUACUGAAAACUCCUCAUUUUGACACUAUGUUCCAAAUAAAUUGUCACUAAAGGGAAAUUGGAUAACUUGUCAGUAUCUAUGGCUCGCUUGCAUUGCUUUGACAUGCUUACCCCAGCUCUUUCCAUAGUGGAUCUUAAUUUUUUUUUUCCUUUUAAUCUAUCUCUUUGAAUGCACCCCCACUAGGACACCUCAGUUGUUAGCUGAUUAAAAAAAGAAAUAAGAACUGUAUUUAUUUUUCAUAUUCACUGAUGUCCUUGUGAUAUUCAGGUUAAUAUAGUGCCUAAUGAAUUUAUUUCCUUGUAGGUGACCUCUUGUGCAUUAUUUAUCAAAUCUAUUAUGUACUGUAGUUAUGUAACUUCCCUCACAAGUGGAGUAUUUUCUGCUAUUCCUUUCGUUUGUCAGAAAAGUAAGAGAGUAUUAUGUGUUUUGAGUAUUGUUUUGUAGGUAACAGGAAAGUAAGCAGUAUCAUACAAUCAUACGUAGUUAUUGCUAAGAUGAAUGCGAGCAGUUAUUUUUUUUAUAUAUAUAUAGCAAAAUAGGCACAGUGAAUAUAAAUAAUUGGAAUAAGGAUCUUAAAUUAUUAUUAUAGAAAAACAGUAAAUAGCAACUUUGAUUAGCGAUUUGAUUAAUCAUUAAAGUGUAGAAACUAGUAGUGUAAGAAAUUUUCAGGGAUGGGUUAAGGUAUUCAUUAAAACAAAUAAUGCAACAAAGUAUCAGAAAUUCUUCAGGACGUAGAUCUUUGAAAGCCUUUUUCAUGUGGCAUCUUGUACUCGCAUUAUUGUAUACAUAACUAUGGUGUUAAUCAAGGUUAAUGACGCAAAGCAUUAUCCACACUAGAAUAUAUUGUCAAAUCAAGGCAAAUUGUAGUUGCUUUUCCUCUACAGUGAGGUUUUUUCCAUCUUGUUUUUGUUUUGAAAAUCCAUGCAAGAAUUUAAAUAUAAUAAAGAACUUUUUAAGAAAUUGGUUAAUUAUGGUGUAUAUUGGGACUGGGAUAUGUAUUGGGAACAUAAAUAGAUUGUAGCUUUGAUCUGGUGUACAUUAAUUAUGUUUAAAAUUUUUAAGAAAGUGACAUGAAGAACCUCACUGUGUCCACAGCUUUUAUUUUCUAUUUUUUUUUUCUCUCAAACCUUAGAGCUAGACUAGAAAUGGUGAAUUAUUGUGCUGUCAUUAGAGUAUAUACCCUCCAUGUGUCCCCCUGCUGGGAAGGGGGCCAUGUAGAAUAGAAAUGCUUUUCUGUGUCAUCCUCAGAUUGGAAUAGGUGAAGAUGAAGGGAAGAAUUACCAUUAGGUAUGCAUGUUAACAUUAUCCGUGUCCUAACAUUGUGAAUGGUCAUCAAGAUUUACUUAGGCUGUCAUAGAAUUGACAAGAUCCUAAAAGGUUAGAUCACUGCAUUUCAGUGUUUGGAAAAUUGUUGUUAAUCAUUUCACAGUAGUCGUUGGUAUCCAUGGACUUAUGUCAGUAUAUAAAUUAUAAAACAAAUUUACCACUUCAGUUUGCAAAAAAUUUAAUGUUUGAAAAAAUGGAUAGGGGAAGCAUGAAAGAAUCCUUGUAAGUUUUAGAAACAGUAGUGGUUCUUCCUUGAGUCCUCAGACUAAUCCUAAUCUGUUAACCCUUAAAGCUCCCCUCCAGUUUGCUCCUGGUGAGUAGAUGGAAGGCUCCCACGGCUAUUAUGUGCACAAAAAUUUAUAUAUAAAUAUACAGUAUAUACUUAAAUAUUUACGGUAUCCACAAACUGCUCAUCUGUAAAUCUCCUUUCAUAUGUCUUGCAUGUAAAACUAAUUGGAGGAACAAAUUAUACUGGCUUAUGAGUUUAGAAAAUUUUAAUAAGAUUGGAUUUUCAAGAUAAUUUAACUUUGAAUUUUAUAUUUAUUUUGAAAGCAAAGUGAGAUGAUGAUGAUGAUUCAUUUAGCAAAACCUUUUUCAUUGAUUUUGGCUUAGCUUCUCCAGUGGGUAAUCCUUUAACCUUGUGUAUUACUGGAUAGUAAUAUGUGGGAUUUGGUCAUCACAUGAGGUACUGAUCUUCAGUACAAUAUUUAAAAGUGACAUCAUCGUUUCUAAGCAUACUGGUUCUUUUAGUGUAAUAACACAGGCACCAAAUUGUAUAUCUGGGAAUUGGAUUUUUUAUUUUUCCAUACAUUAGUGGUUAGUAGUCUUAUACGUAUUUAAAAAUUAGCUCUUUAUCUUUUGUUGUAACAAUAGCUUAGUAGCCUUGUGUACACAUUACUCUUAAAAGCAAAGAUGAUAAUAGCAGCAUCUUAUAAUACAAUCUUAAUUUUUCAUAUGUAGUGGUGUCAAGUUUACCAUUUAUUAUUAUUAUUAUACUUGCUAUUUCCAUUACUAAUAGUAUGUAUUAUUUUGGGAGAAUUCCAAACUAAGAUGGAAAAUAUUUGCAAUUUAAUAUUUGAAUAGGUUAUGCUAGCAAUGCAUUGAGUGGUGGAUAAAUUUUAGGGCACUGCUUGAAAAUACAGAGUAUUUUAUGUUUCAUUUAGGUUGUAUAAUUUCUUUGCACUGAUUCCUUAACACCCGUUUUCAUCAGCGAGUGGAAAUGCAAUAGACACGUAAUUGAAGAGCUUAUUACUUAUAAUUUAGCAAAGAAAUCUUAGAUUGAACUGUUAACAGUACUGUACUGAGGUGUUUUUAUUGAACACGCAUCAUAACUUGAACAGUGCCAAAAGUGUUUUGUUAAUUGAAGAAUUGCAAAAUUUUAUAAAUAUUAAUAAUAGUGAUCAAUAAUAAUUUGUCUUACUUUGUAGGCUUUUGUGUCUUUAAUAUAUGCUGCCAAAUAAAGUUUGAAGUAUU